AUGCUAUUCUCUGAAUUAUAUUUUACAGUUCAGACACUGUUGACCAUAUCAUCAACAUCCUCAUCAUCAACUACAACAUCGUCUGCAUCAUCAUCAACAACAGCAACAACUUCUUCUUCAUCCUCAACAACCACAACAACAAGAACCACCUCAUCAUCAACAACAGCAAACACCUCAUCAUCAACAACAACAACCACCUCAUCAUCAUCAACAACAACAACAAUCUCAUCAUCAACAUCAACAACAGCAAACACCUCAUCAUCAACAACAACAACCACCUCAUCAUCAUCAUCAACAACAGCAAACACCUCAUCAUCAUCAACAACAACAGCAACCACCUCAUCAUCAACUACCUCCUCGUCGUCGACUAAAACAUCAACUUCUUCAUCAUCGUCGUCAACCACAACAUCAACUGCAUCUUCGUCAUCAUCAACUUCUUCUUCAUUAUCAACUACAACAUCGUCUGCAUCAUCGUCGUCCACAUCAUCAUCAACAACAGCAACAACUUCUUCGUCAUCCUCAACAACAACAAGGACCACUUCAUCAACAACAACCACCUCAUCAUCAUCAUCAACAACAGCAACCACCAUAUCAUCAACUACCUCCUCGUCAUCGACUAAAACAUCAACUUCUUCAUCAUCGUCCACAACAUCAUCAUCGUCGUCAACCACAACAUCAACUACAUCUUCGUCAUCAUCAACUUCUUCUUCAUCAUCAACUACAACAUCCUCGUCCUCAUCAUCGUCUACGACAACAGACGUCUGUACCAACCAGUUGUUCUAUUACUGGAUCAAUUACACAGUAGGUAGCGCUCCGAAAUCAGUCGUUAUAGUAGACGUGACCAACGAUAAUCGUUCCGAUAUCAUCGUCGCAAACACUGGCUCGAACACUAUUACUGUGCUUUUCAAUGUGGGCAAUGGUACAUUCGUUUCUCAAACUAGUUUUGAAGUCACGUCUCUAGCAGCAAUAGCUGUCGGCGACGUGAACAAUGAUAGCCGACCAGAUAUCGUUGCCACAAAUUCUGAUAAAGACGUCAAAAUUUUCAUGAAUCUCGGGAACGGCACAUUUGUGUACUCAAAAGGAUAUACUGCUGACUAUGGCCCGCUCUCCCUCGUAGUUUCUGACGUGAAUGGUGAUCUCAUCCCUGAUAUUGUUGUAGCGAAUGAAUGGGCGGCCAGUAUCAGCGUUCUUCUUAAUGACGGUAGCGGUUUGUUUCCUACCACGACAAGGUAUUCAGUUAGUGCUCAGCCAGCUUCAGUUGCGAUUGGCGACAUGGAUAACGAUAAAAUGUCUGAUAUUAUUGUUGCAAACUUUGGAUCGAGUAGCAUUAGUAUACUUCGCAACGUUGGCAACGGAACAUUUGCUGCUCAAAUAUCUCAGUCAGUUAAUAAUAAACCAUACUCAAUUGUAGUUGUCGAUAUUAACAAUGACAGCACCUCUGACAUAAUCAUCGCAAAUUACGAUGCAAACAGUAUUACUGUGCUUCUCAAUUUGGGCGCGGGUGCAUUUUCUCAGCAGCUAACUUAUCCGGUUGGGACCCAUCCAUCGGCAAUUGCAGUUAGCGAUGUAGACAAAGAUAACCAGCUUGAUAUUAUCGUUGCAAAUCAAGAUUCAAAGACUAUUAGCAUUCUGCAAAAUAUGGGCAAUGGCGUGUUUCACAGUCAAAUAACAUAUUCAGUUGACUCUCAGCCGUCUUCAAUUGCAGUUAGCGACAUUAACAACGACGGAAAAAUCGAUAUUGUUGUUGCAAAUUCUGGUUCGAAUAAUGUCGGUGUUCUACUACACUGCUAA